AUCCACAAACUUAGGAACUCUUAUUUUAUUUUAUUUUAUCUCAUAACUCAUAAUCAAUGCCAGCCAAUCAAGAAAAAUACUUUCUAUCUUAAAAAAAAAAAAAACUUUCUAUCAUCUCCUAAAUAUCGCAAGAUUCACAACAAAACUUCUUCCAAAAAUUAACAACAAAGAUAGAAUAUUAUAUGUAACAAAAAAAUUUGUUUCACAACUGUUGUUGAUUCUUAUGUUAGCUUUGUUGAAUUGUUUGUACCAAUUACACUCAAAUGUUGGGUGGUUCACUCUCAACUCCAACAACUCAAUGUCUUAAGACAAGAACAACAACAAUUGCAAUGCUUUAUCCAUCUCAUAGAUUAUUGUCCACACAUUUUUGUCUCUUUAAGAAUCUUAUAUCAGGUACUAGAAGAUUUUCUUCAAAAGAGAGUUGUUUUCUCAGAGGGCAUCAAAUUAAUAUUAAGCAAUUUUUUGGGCUUAUCUCUCGUAGAGCUCCAAGAAACAAAGCAGGAUUUGUUGUCUCUCCAAGAUGUGUCCUGCCAUUGACAGAAGAGAAUGUGGAGAGGGUUUUGGAUGAGGUAAGGCCUGGUUUGAUGGCUGAUGGAGGGAAUGUGGCAUUGCAUGAGAUAGAUGGUCUUGUUGUUAUCCUCAAACUACAAGGAGCAUGUGGAUCAUGUCCUAGUUCAACCAUGACAUUAAAAAUGGGGAUUGAAACUCGCCUUCGCGAUAAGAUUCCAGAGAUCUUGGAAGUAGAGCAGAUACUAGAUACUGAGACCGGUCUUGAGUUAAAUGAAGAAAAUGUUGAAAGUAUUCUUUCAGAAAUUAGACCAUAUCUUAUUGGCACAGGAGGAGGAACAUUAGAGCUUGUUGAGAUUAACGAUUACAUUGUUCAAGUUCGGUUAAGUGGACCAGCAGCAGGAGUUAUGACGGUUCGUGUUGCCUUAACGCAGAAACUGAGAGACAAGAUACCUUCUAUUGCUGCAGUGCAGUUAAUAGAAUGAUGUAACAUAUUAGUUCUUUAUGUUUUGAAUUUGUCUGUUAAAAGAUGAAAUAUACAAAUCAAUACAAAGAUAUAAUUUUCUGCUGAGACAAA